ACCUUUUUCGUACCUUUUCUAUAUUAGUGAUUUAUUUUUUACUGCAAACUACAAAGGGUAAAAAAAAAAUCGCCUUCUCCUGUUUUGUCAACAUUAUGAAUUUGCGUUUAAAAAACUUUUUUCUUCCAUCCAAAUAAGACUUGGCUGUUUGGAUUACAUUCCUUGCCUUCCUUCCUCAGGAGCGAUGAAUUAAAAAAAAAAACAGAGCAAACAGAAUAUAGUCUGCGGGACUAUCGCCGUUCGCCGAUGUCUAUAGUCAGUCUGGAACCGAGAUCGAACUAAAGAUAACUCAUUCUCACAAGUAUGUACGACGUGUGACGAAACAAUACGAAUCUAUAGACGGAAGAAAAGUUAAGUCAAGGUGUUGGGAAAUGGACAGAUUUAUAACGAAGCGAAAACGUGACCCUCCUGAUAAUAAUAGCUCUCAAAAUAGUAACCAGCCUACUAAACCUGGUCAUUCAACUAAGAAGAAAUGUUUAAGUCCUAGUAUCCCUGGCCCUUCAUGUACUGAUGCACUAAUAAUAAUAAAACCUACCCAGCCACAAGAAUCAAAUCCUUCCAACGACUUCAGUUUGCUAGACGAAUCAAAUCUAUCUAACAAAAAAAAACCACAAGCCUUACUUGAUACUUGUAACGAAAAUGAAGAAAUCCAGAUAGCAACAAGUAAUGAAGAGCAUAAAAAAAAUAUUCCAACCAAAUCUAAAAAAGCAUCGGAUAAGACUGAAAAACAUUUAUAUGUUUUUAGCGAGAAAUGGUUAGAAAUUAAAGAACUUUCAGAGUGGCUAGUUUCAGACACAGUUAAAGGCACAAUCAGUGCAAAAUGCAAAUACUGUCAAACUACGUUACCCAACCACAAGCCGCACUUGAUACGACACUCUGAAACUGAUAAACACAAAUCAAUAAUGAAAGCCAUUAAAUCCACAUCAAAUAUUAAAGAAUCAUUAAAACCAUCAGAUGAAGAUCUCUCAGUAAAAAGAGGUGAGCUUAAAAUUGCUGCAAUGCUGGCUACAAAUAAUUUACCAUUCCUCUUAUCAGACACUCUAGUUAGCUUAAUAGCGGACAUUUGCCCCGAUUCGAAAAUUGCUCAGAAGAUGAAGAUGGGUCGUACGAAAGCAACAGCAGUUGUAACACAAAUUUUAGGGCCCAGUCUUCAAAGUACUUUGCAUGAUUAUUUAAAACAACCCGGUAAUUUCUUUUGCCUAAUAAUGGACGAAACAACUGAUGUUGGCACAAAAAAACAAUGUGCGAUGACAGUGAUAUAUUGUGACAAAGAAUUUAAAAUAAAAACAGAAUUCUUCGAUUUGCUGGAAAUGGCCUCAGGUACGGCUGAUGACUUGUAUAACGCAUUAAUACAGAGCGUUGAAACUAAAAAUAUCCCACUAGAAAACUUAGUGGGAUUUUCUUCAGACACGACGAACGUGAUGGUCGGCGAAUAUAAUUCUGUGUUCGCCAAAUUGAAAGAAAGACUUCCUAACAUAGUGUGUGUCCGCUGCUCUUGCCAUAUGAUUCAUUUGGCUGCCUCCAAAGCUUGUCUACAACUGCCAAAAUCAGUAGAAGAUAUGUUACGGAACAUUGGCUCCCAUUUCAGCCGCAGCCACAACCGACAACAGAAGCUUGCAGAAAUGCAACGCUUCUACCAAACACAAAUUCAUCAGAUUCUUUUGCCGGCAACAACCCGGUGGCUUUCUUUAAAGGCAUGUGUCGACCGAACGCUGGAACAGUAUCCUGCACUGGAAGCCUAUUUCAGACUUGAAAUAGUGGAAGAUCCGUCCAGAAUAACUGAAAGUAUCAUUUUCAGUUUGCGUAACCAGUUUACAAAAUUUUAUCUCGAGUUCAUGGCAUAUGUGCUAGACCUGCUAAAUGACUUCAAUAUUACUUUUCAGUCUGAAUCGCCAUUACUUCAUAAACUGAAACCUGCCGUAGAAGGGCUCAUCCGCACAAUUGCAAGUAACUUCAUUGAUUUACAUCACGUCAAAAACACGCCUCCUCUAGAGAUCGAACAUAAAAACCCAAGGUUGUACUUGCCUUUGGAAAAUUUGUACCUUGGUGUUUCUGUGGACUCAAGCCUCAAGGAGGUUCAAAAUGAUGUUAGAAAAGAGGACCUGGAAAGAUUCAAACUAGAUUGCCUGGCAUUUUAUGUUGAAGUAAUAGAACAAAUAAAACAAAGAUUUAUAUUUACAGACCCAAUAUAUGACAUAAUCCAAAUAGUCGAACCAAAAAUUAUAAAAUCGUUUGAUCCACAAAUGAUAACUUCAAUUUUAAACAGAUUUCCUUUUUUAGCCCCCACAUAUCUGAAUAAAAGUGCAUUAAUAAACGAAUGGCGGGAGUACUGUUUAUUAGAUCUGGCAAGUGUGGACGACAGUAUAUCGAUUCAAAUGAAAGCUGCUGAUUUUUGGACAAAAGUAUUUAAAUUAAAGGACAUAGCUGGUACAGAAAAAUUCAAAAAUUUGAAAAUCCUGAUAGGAUUUCUAUUAAUUCUGCCUUUUUCUAAUGCCUCAGUGGAAAGAGUAUUUAGCAAACUAAAGCUGAUAAAGACUGAACAUCGGAAUCGUCUCAAUACCGAAACUAUUGCUGCAUUAAUGGCUAUUAGUUCAUCUAUACAGCAACAAGGUGGUAUACACAAUUUUGAACCCAGCUCUUCUAUGUUAAAUAAGAAGAUAAAGUACUAAAAUUAAUUUGAUUCAGUAGUGACGGAUUUCGCUGAUAAAGUAAACACCUAAAUACAACAUCAAAUUACCUUUUUUGUAAAUUUUGAAAACUAAUGAUUUCGAGAUGAAUAAAUAUUUAUCUGUAGAGAAAUAUUACUAAUUUUGUAGAUUGAAAUGAAAACUAUUAACUUGCAUUGAGCAUGGGUGCAGGCUAAGUAUUAAGUAUUUUGGAAUGAAGCAAAGCAUAUCUACAAACGGAAUGACACAUAUCCAAACUAUUGGAGCUUCAAGCAUGUAUUAGCAAGUUAUUUAUUUAUAAACUCGUGGUAAGUCAAAUUAUUAUUUUACAAUUACAGUCUGUUGAGAAACUAAUAGAAAAUAAUGAGACUCAUACUUUCUUCGACUUUCUGUCACAUUUGACACUAAAAUAUGGACACAAAUUAUUUAGAUGGGAUUUUCUUAGUUCCUAAAACAUUAUUUUCAUAAUUUUUUUGACAAACAACUUGUUUUCGCUGUAGGAUAUGAGUAGACUAUAGCAUUUUUCAACAUUUUAGCAAAACCGUACUACUAUGAUAAAUUAUUAUCAAAAAAAUUUUUAAUUCACUGCAUCAUUAACGAAUAUAAUGACUUUACUCCUUUCCGUAACUCUAUAUUGAUUUAUAACCUCAUUUCUCUAAUUGAUUUACGAAUGAAUUUGUUCGAUAUUGGCAAUCGGUAAUAAUGUUCUACUUUACCAUAUCGUUCUGAACAUUCGAUUCCCUAUCGCUUUUUUUCCAACCUAUGGUCGCAGACAGCCAACUCGAAGAAAAAUAAAACUGAUCUAGUUCUUGCAGAAGUAUCCCGACCUAACCGUACCUUGAAGUUAAAAACCGUACCUUUUUAGAAAGCCAACCAUCCUUUUUUGGGAAAUCAUACUGGCAA